AUUACUUAAUUUCUGAAUAUUUCAGUCGAAUCACAUUGGUUGCAAACUAGAUGAAGAGAUGUGGUGAAGUCAUGAAUGAUCAAACAAUCGAGAACAAGGUGACGAGAACUCUCUCCUCAAAGUUUGAGUACAUUGGAGAGGUAAUUGAAGGAUCAAAGGACUUGACAGAUAUGAAGGUUGAAGAAUACAAGUAUACAACGUUCUUUGAAAGCUCGUGAACAAUGUAUCUUGGAGUAGAUAUGUAUUUUUACUAUUUUUGACAAAGCUCGUGAACAGCAUUUGUCCUCUAAGCUAGGAUUUCUAGACAAAUCGAUGUAGAUUUGUUAAACUUGGAUAUUUAUUUAUUUUUUACUAAAAACCGAACCAUUAAACCCCCUGUCCAAGUAAUGGAUAUGGAGGGAUUAACUGUGAACCAAAAUGAAUGAUAGAGAUGAGGUAAAUAUAGAAAAUUGACAGUAGUACAUUGAAUUUAACACACGUAGGUUAGAAAAAAAAAUUCGUUGGAAUUCCAACCAAAAUGGGACAUGCAAUUGGAGAUUGGUUCAACCCACACUAUGCAUUCUCAAUUCCAAUUUUGUUACAUUCUCAUAAUAAUUAGAAUAGAACCCCUUCCAGAUUUUCAUUUUUUCCUUUCAUAAUUUCUAAUCAAAUUCAUUAUUGCUGAGUUUUGUUCGAAUGUUGAAUCUUAAAAAGGUUGCUCAAUGUGAUGUAAUGUAAUGUUGGAAACUGUUCAGGAAAUUGCCGUAUAUCUUCAUAGAUUUCACAAUCUUGAUCUCUUUAAGCAAGGAUGGUAUCGGAUUAAGAUUAAAGUACGAUGGGAAGAUAGUGAAAAUAUUAAUUCAUUCGGUAUUCCAGCUAGAGUUGUUCAAUACGAAGCUCCUGAUCUGGACCAAAGCAGUAUUUAUGGAGCAUGGAAGAUUGAUGAUACAGAAAAUAGUUUCUCAACACAGACCUUUCGGAUAAAAUAUGCUAGACAGGAUGUUCAUUUAUGUAUGAUGAUCUCGUUCGACUUAUCACGUAGUAGAUCUAUGGAUUUAACUACAAAUGGGGUUAUUUUAAAGUUUGAGCUUAUUUAUGCUUCGACACUUGAGGAUGGGGAUGAUCUGGAUGCUUCUCCGGCUGCUAUCCAUGAAUUCCGAAUUCCUCCUAAAGCUCUGUUAGGAUUGCAUUCGUAUUGUCCCGUUCAUUUUGAUGCUUUACAUGCGGUACUUGUUGAUGUAAGUGUACAUGUCAGUCUACGGAGAGCUGCCUCUUACUCAUCUGCCUCGAAGCGCUUCAGAGGUGUUACUUCUCUAGAUGUGAAAGAUAUCAUGCUUGUCAGAGCAUUAUUAACUUCUCGUGAUUUAUUGCUGGAAGAACUACACAAAAUGAACAAAGCAAUUGGUGAAGCUAUAGAUACGUCAGAUUUUGUGUCAAAAAUGAAUAACGCGGACUUAAUAAAUUUUGCGGCACAAGCAAAUGGGUUUGCAAUAGAUGGUGAAGUUUUAGAACAAGGCAAGCCACAAAAUGGUCUUGAGGGAGGAAAUGGGGCUCAGGAUAUUCCGAAUGCUGAAAACCUCCAUUCCCUGUCUCAAAGUGAACUGUUGAACUGUUUUCAUUCAUUGGGAGAUCAACUGCACUAUUUAUGGAAGAUAUUUUUAAAAAUUCAUAGAGAAAACAAGACAGAGAUACUAGGACUUUUACACAAUACAUGGGCCAAGGAUCGGAAAGCUGAGUGGUCAAUAUGGAUGAUUUAUUCUAAGGUAGAGAUGCCUCAUCAUUAUAUUAAUAGUGGGAGUGAUGACUCUUCCCGUCGUGCUAUGCACAAAAGAGUUUCCAGUUUGUGGAAGUUACCUGAUGAGCCUCUUGAAACUGCAAUUUCAUGUGCUGAACUUCAUCGGAGGAGCAUUGCACAGAUGCGGAUUAACGGCCGUUCAAUUCAAGACAUGCAGAUAUUUGGAGAUCCUUUGCGUAUACCAGUUGUGCUUGUUGAAAGGGUGAUGAAUGUACCACGGCGUAGUACCAGUGAAAUUCCACUCCUAGGACAUGUUGGACUUGUGGAUUCACAUAGCUUAACAAAUGGGCUGGGGAGUCAUACUUUCAGGAAGAAAUCUGCACCAAAAAGUAAUGUUCGUGUGUUGAAGAUUGUUGUCUUUGUGCAUGGGUUUCAGGGGCAUCAUCUGGAUCUACGACUAGUUCGGAAUCAAUGGCUUUUGAUAGAUCCUAAAGUAGAAUUUCUCAUGUCAGAGGCUAAUGAAGAUAAAACAAAUGGAGAUUUCAAAGAAAUGGGACAUAGGCUAGCUCAGGAAGUUAUUUCUUUUGUUAAAAGCAAAAUGGACAGAGUAACAAGAUACGGGAAACUGGGAGAUAUUAAGCUAAGUUUUGUUGGACAUUCAAUGGGUAAUCUCAUUAUAAGAACAGCGAUAGCCGAUAAAAUGAUGCAGCCAUAUCUAAGACACCUACAUACAUAUGUUUCAGUAUCUGGUCCACACUUGGGAUAUCUUUAUAGUUCAAACUCAUUAUUUAAUUCUGGAAUGUGGUUUCUGAAGAAGCUAAAAAACACACAGUGCAUUCAUCAGCUCUCCUGCACGGAUGAUCCAGAUUUGCAAAAGACAUUCCUGUAUAAACUGUGUAAGAAGAAGACCUUGGAACAUUUUAGGAAUGUUAUCUUGAUAUCUUCUCCUCAGGAUGGCUAUGUGCCUUACCAUUCUGCUAGAAUUGAAUCAUGCCAGGCUGCUUCGCAUGACACUUCAAAGAAGGGUAAAAUGUUCCUAGAGAUGCUGAAUGCUUGUUUGGACCAAAUACGUGCCAACCCCUCUGAACAUCGAGUAUUCAUGCGAUGUGAUGUAAAUUUUGAUGCCUCUGCCCAUGGCAAGAAUUUGAACUCUUUCAUUGGGCGGGCUGCACAUAUUGAAUUUCUUGACUCAGACAUUUUUGCAAUGUUCAUAAUGUGGUCUUUCCCAGAUCUAUUUCGAUAGCACAUAGCAGGUAUUGUCAUUUGUCCUCACACAGAGUAUACAAAUUCUGGGUUCAUGAACUUUAAGAUGUUUAUAUUGAACACAGUUGUGUACAUCCAUAGGAAGAACCAAGGACAUAUUGGUGUAAUCAUUUUAGUUUAGUGUUUAGUAAAAUUAUUUGUUGAAAUGGUAAUGUGUAUAUAUAUGGUUCAAAAUUUUCCCGUUGCUAUAGCUAAUACAACUAUAAU